CAAACGCCUAGCAGCUCGUGAAAAGUGAGAAAUGGACGAAAAGUGUCGAUUAUGUUUGAUUCAAUUAGAAGAUCAGAAAACAAAGGCCUCGAUCGAAGAGGAUCAGUUUAGCAUUAAGCUCAAAACUCUCUUUGGUUUUCCGAUCACAUCAAUAGAAACAUUUCCCACGUCGGUGUGCGGUCAGUGCGAGGAAAAGGUGAUUGAUUUCCAUUCGUACCAUGAACUCGUUAAGAACAACCAGGAUCAACUGUGGGCCACACAGCAACAGAAAUGUUUCGUGGAAAUCAAGGAGGAACCGUCCCAAGGCGUAGAUUAUGAUGAUGUAUUCGAGGAUGCGGAUGCGGACUCCGAUGAAGAAAAACAGGCAGAAGAUAUCUACAAAAGAGAAAAGGGUACCAAGAGCGACGAUGACCACAAUCUCGAUAGCGAGCUCGACGAGGAGAAGUACGAGGAUGAUGAUCCUCCGAGCAGUACGGGCAACAAAUCGGACGAUAGCGAAUAUGAAGAGAACAAACCGCUGACAAGUGCUCAGAGAGGCAGGAAAAAAACUUCACGGUUAUGCCAGAAGCGUAGAGGUCGUCCACGGAAGGGUGAAGCAAUAAAUAGAAGCUCCCAGAAGAAGACCGUUUCCACACGAAGGUGCCAACCAUCGGAAGAAACCAACCAGCGCUUACAGGAAUUCUACGACAUGAAGUGUGAGCUUUGCGAGGACAAGUUGGAAUCCUUCACGACACUGAAGAACCACUACUUCAAACAACACGGUGUGCAGGGUUACAUCAAGUGCUGUGGUCGUACAUUUCACAGUCGCUACCGGUUGCUAGAACACGUGUCCUACCACGUUGGUGCAAGCAUGGUUCGGUGCGACAUCUGCAACAAAAGUUUCAGCAGCCGUAGCUACCUGCUGGUGCACAAAAGCCGAAAACACGGCCAAGCAGAAGACCGACCGUACAAGUGCACCCAAUGCCACCAAUCGUACGCGAUGGAAUGUCACCUGAAGGCGCACAUUGUGUCACACGUGCGCGUAAACUGUACGAUCUGCGGAAAGCAGCUGGCCAGUGCACUCUCACUCCGUACGCACAUGAUAAAUAUGCACGCGAAGCGAGAAAAUCAUAUUUGCGAUAGCUGUGGGCGAGAGUUCCGAAGCCGGCAAGCAUUCGAGCGGCACGUGAAGCUACACCAGGGUCUGGAAGUAGCGGAGCAGGUUCAGUGCGAGAGUUGUCUCAAAUGGCUUAACAGCAAGCGAGCAUUGAAGAUGCACGUUAAGCUGGUCCACAUGGAGGCAGGUCAGACGUUUCAGUGCGAUAUAUGUGCGCAACGGUGCCCAAAUAGCCGGGCGUUGGCGAGUCACAAGCAGCGCGUUCACGUAGAAGAGCGCUUUAAAUGUGAAGAGUGUGGCAAACUCUUCAAACGGCAACUUUAUCUGAAGGAGCAUGUGGCAGCAUUGCACACCCGUAAACCACUCUACUCGUGUGAGGUGUGUGGCGCCACGUUCAACUCGAACGCCAACAAGUACUCACACCGCAAGAAUAAGCAUCCGGUGGAAUGGGAAGCACGCCGGAAGCAGCAGUUACAGCAGCAACAGGAACAACUGCAGCACCAUCUCCAAAGCCUGGAAGAUCAGGAGCAAAAGGUUAUUGUAGGGAUGGUUUGAAAUGCGAGACUAUUUCAUUAUUGGUGUCUUUGCGCAAUGGACAAGGCGUUUGGGAAACUCGAGGCCGUAAUGACACCGGUCUUUAAGCGAGUUACGAUCAGUUAGGAGCGGGACUGACUAUCGAACUACCGGAAAAUAAAGUCAAAAAGCCAUUGAUUGCAGGCCAAGGCAUUCUGAGCUUCUAUAGUGCCACAAAACAAAAACGGCGAUGGUGUAGAUCAGAUCAAUCAUCGUUAUGGCGGGCCGUAUCACAUCACAUUUUUCUGGUCACAUGAUCUGAUUUUUGGUUCUGAAAUUUGAAGACUCUUUACCCGAAAAAGAGAAAAACAACCUGUACAAAACUGUGUGCUUUUGAGUUGAUUCAAAUGGAAUUAAACUUGUCGGAGAUGAAGCCAUCGAUUGGACACGCUAGGGAACGAUUGUUAACUUGCCCAACUGGAGGAAAAGCCAUGCUCCACUAAGAACGUGUUCGAACAUCAAAUCCUAUCCAUAUGCGCAUACGAUUAAGCUUAGCGUUUGUAUUAUUUUACUGCACAAAACCUUUCUUUUCACAACCCAACGAAGGUAGUUGGGUAUGUCUCCCAACUAUGUGGUAUG